AUGCCUCUUCUGGAAGAGACAACUGUGCCUCGAGAGCAUCCCCCCACGCUGCCUGUGGUCAUCAUAGGUAACGGGCCAUCAGGUAUCUGCCUGUCCUACCUGCUGAGUGGCUACAAGCCCUACCUGGACCCUUCAGCUGUUCACCCAAACCCUGUUCUGUACAGGAAGUUACAGGAGACCAGACACCUGCCCAUCACUGAACAGGAUCUGGAGUAUCUGAGUGAAGGUCUGGAGGGGCGAUCAGGAAACCCUGUAGCGGUGCUGUUUGACACCCUGCUGCACCCCAAUGCUGAUUUUGGCUACGAGUUUCCCCCUGUGCUACAGUGGAGAAGAGACAAGCAGCAGCACCUCCCUCACCUGGUGCUGGGCAGGGCUACGCCUGGAGGGGCCUGGCACGUGAUGGAGGGCUCCAUGCUGACCAUCAGUCUGGGCAUCUGGAUGGAACUGCCAGGGAUCAACUACCGAGACCUGACUAACAAUGGCAAAUGCAGGGGCGUGACCAACGACCGGGCCACUCCAGAGGAGAUCUCGUCUUACUACCGUAACUACGUCAAGCUGAUGGGCCUGAAGCAGAACUUUGUUGACAACACCUACGUGACCUCUGUGCAGAAACUUUUCCGUGGACACGAGGGGGAGGGUCUAGAGAAUGGUCAUGGAGGUUUGGGGGAGGGGGGAAAGGGGGUGUACGAGGGGGGAAAGGGGGUGUACGAGGGGAGGGAGGGUGAGGGUGUAGACGAAGGGGGAGGUGGGGGCCUGUGGGAGGUAAGGGGGUACCAGCGGGUGCAGGGCGACACCCACGUUCCUUUCUGCCUGUUUUCGGAGAAUGUAGUUCUGGCCACGGGCGCGUCUGAUUCGCCAGCUCAGCUGGGUGUAGGGGGGGAGGAGCUUCCCUUCGUGUUCCACAGUAUCUCUGCCCUGGGAUUGGCUGUGAGCCGGAAGAAGCUUGGGCCAAACUCUGAUCCGGUGCUGAUCGUGGGGGCGGGGUUAAGCGCGGCGGAUGCAGUUUUGUGCGCUUGUAACAACAACAUUUCCGUGCUGCAUGCCUUCCGCAAACACGUAGACGACCCAGGCCUCAUCUUUAAACAGCUACCCAAGACCCUCUACCCAGAAUACCACAAGGUCUACCACAUGAUGCACUCCCAGACCCACGCAACACCAAACAUGGCUGCCACCUCCACCACCAAUGCCCUUCCCAGCAUGGCCGCCUCAGUCUGCUCCAAGAUGUGCUCCAAGCCCCAACCCACCACAACUAACAUGGCCACCAGUGGUGGUCCCGUUCUGUUCCCUGACUACACCAGCUUCCCAGAGCACUGCGUGGUGUCCUUCCAGCCAGACAUGAAGUGUGUCCUGCAGGGGAGCAACUCCCUCAAGGCCUUUAAGAUCUCCAUGGCCCUGGUGUUGAUCGGCACCCACCCCAACCUGUUCUUCCUCAAAGGCCAGGGCCAGUACCUGGGACUGGACCCCACCAAACCCAUCUCCUGCAAGCAGAACCCUGUGGAUGUGCACCCCUACACCUUCGAGUGCACCAAGGACCCAGGACUGUUCGCCAUGGGCCCGCUGGUGGGAGACAACUUUGUUCGCUUCCUAAAGGGCGGUGCUCUAGGCAUUGCCUCCUGCCUGCUCAAGAGACUGAAGAAGAAAGGCAAGCUGAUCGCAGAAGGGGGAGGAGUAGGAGGAGGGGAGUUUAUCUAGGUGAAGUGUGGAUG